AUGAAACCUUUCCCGUGUACUGAAUGUAAGGAAACCUUCAGUGAGAGUAAAGAGCUCAAAAAGCAUCUGAAAAUUCAUGCUGGUGAGAAAUCCUUUGAUUGUAAUCAGUGCACAAAAACUUUUGAUAAGAAGGAACACCUUGUUGCACACAAGAAAAUCCAUGCUGAAGAGAAACGGUUUGAGUGUGGUGAAUGUGGGAAAAGGUUUAGCCGGAAGGAAAAUCUUUUUCGACACCAGGUAAUUCACACUGGGAAGAAACCCUCUGAUCGUAAUAAAGCUGGAAUCCAGAAGAUGCACUUCAUUUAUCAUCAGGGAAGUAAUGGAAAAAAACCCUUUGAAUGUAGUGAGUGUGGGAAAACCUUUAGUGAGAAGCGAACCCUUAAUAGACAUCAGAAAACUCAUACUGGAGUGAAACCCUUUAAAUGUAACGAAUGUAAGAAAUCUUUCAGCCGAAGAACAAUUCUUAUUAUCCAUCAGAGAACUCAUACUGGAGCAAAACCUUUUACAUGUAACGAAUGUGGCAAAUCCUUCAGUCAGACAGGACAUGUCAUCCGACACCAGAGAACUCAUACCGGAAUGAAACCCUUUGAAUGCAAGGAAUGUGGGAAAUCCUUCAGUGAGAAGGAUCAUCUCAUUACCCAUCAGAGAACCCAUACUGGAGAGAAACCCUUUGCAUGUGAUGAAUGUGGAAAAGCCUUCAGCCGAAGGACAAUCCUUAUCACUCAUCAGAGAACACAUACUGGAGUGAAACCUUUUGAAUGUAAAGAAUGUAGAAAAACUUUCAGCCAGCGGGGACACCUCAUUUAUCAUCAGAGAAUUCAUACUGGAGAGAAGCCCUUUGAUUGUAAUGAAUGUGGAAAAGCCUUCAGCUGGAGAGCAAACCUGCUUACUCAUCGGAGAACUCACACUGAAACGAAACCCUUUUCAUGUGAAGAAUGUGGGAAAACCUUCUCUGACAGGAACGACCUUUACAGACAUAAGAGAACUCAUACUUCAUCAAACUCCUCUUGAAUGUAAUGACUGUGGGUAGGCUUUUGAUGAAAGGCAGAUUGUUAAAAGACAGAAGAGAAAGAACCCUGAACUGAUAUCCUCGGACUGUCAUUAAUAUGCGAAAGCCUUUAGUGAGAUGAAAGUAUUCAAAAGCCACCAAAGAUCUCAUACUGGGGAGAAAGGGUGAGGGUAGUUAGGACAUGAUGAGACGGUCUGGUUGGAAGCUGAUUUCUUAUAUUAGCUUAGUGCUGUUUGCACACAUUCAUCAGUCAAAACUUCUCUUCGCCUUUUCUGCCCUACCCAACCUCUCUGCUGACCUCCAAUUCACAUUUCCAGUUGCCUUUCAGACACCUCAAACUGGAUGUCUAGUAGACAUCUUAAACUAAAAAUCUCCAACACAAAAUCCCCAUUUCCUUCCUACCUUCCCUGUUACUUCAGAGGGCAACACCACCUUCCCAGGUUCUCAGCCUAGGAGUCAUCCUGAACUCCUUGCUCUCUCUCUCACCCUCCCUCCCCCAUGUUCCAGUCUGUUGCCAAGGCCUGUUGAUUUCACCUCUG